CCCCCCCCCUUCUGGCGCGAAUGGCCCGGCCGCCCCGCGGCGCGGCAACCGCGAGGAUACGAGGCGUCGCUGUCGCCGGCCCAGGCGUCCUGGUGCUCGGGCGAUGGCCGCUCGAAGCGCAGCGAGAGGCUCAUGCGGACGCUGUCCACCGCGACCCUCUCGGAGAGCAUGGAGUCGUGGAAAUUGCAAGUGCAGAGCCAGCUGCGCGCGGAGCGGGAAGUCACCGACAUGCAGCUGGACGCCCUCCGCCAGGACGUCGCCGCCCGGGCCCUGGCGGAGGACGUGCUCCUGGGCGUCGAGCGCAGCAGGGACGACAUCCUGGCCCAGCUGAGGCAGACGUUUGCCGCCGACUCGGACAAGCUUGGCAAGCAGCUCGAGCGAGUGACGGCUUCGCUCUCAGAGAGGAUCGAUGAGCUCAACCAGCGCAUCGACGGGCUGAUCGACUUCCGCUUGGGCAGCCUGCUGGAGGCCUCGGGCGGGGGGCUCGCGCCCGUCGCCUUCGACACCAGCCAGAGUCAGGACCAGUACAGUCGGGC